AUGGGCAUCAACGGCCUCUCCUCACAUGCUCAUCUCCUGCUCGAGGGCGAGACCGUUUGGUGGGAGGAAGUGCCGAGAACAAAGGACAAGGAUGACGCCGUCCGACGCGGAAACCCCGGGCGGAAUAAGUGGGUAUUCCCCGGCGAUACGAGCCCGACUCGCUCGGUUUUGGGCGGAAACGCCGACGACGCCGGAAACGUCGUCCACCGCACCGGGCGACAAGCGCGCAGAGUUGUCGACCCAGAGAUCGAGUUGCGCGUCCCAGAAACUCUUGGGCUUGCCCGGCCAAUGACUCACACGAGACGACAACCCGUUUCCAACUCAGCCUCGUUCGUGAUCGUCAAGAUGCCGAAAUCUUUGACCAGAUCACGGCCCAGAACGCGAGAUUACGGAUCUUGCUCCCCGGGCCCUCGAUCCAGGUCGCCGCCGUCUCCCCCGUCCGAGAAGCCGGUGACAUGGAGCGCUCUGCCGCACAAGGGCCAGCUCGCCAUGAUCGUGUUCGCCCGGCUGGCGGAGCCCCUGGCCGAGCGCUCGCUGGCCUCGUUCCUCUUCUUCCAGCUGAAGUGGUUCGACCCGUCCCUCUCGGAGGCCACCGUCGCGACCCAGGCCGGCAUCCUCACCUCCGCCUUCGCGGCGGCCCAGUGCGCCACCGGCAUGUGGUGGGGCUACAUCGCCGACAGCCCCCUCUGCGGCCGGAAGAAGGUGCUCAUGAUGGGUUUGCUGGGGACUUGCAUGUCGUCUCUGGGUCUGGCGUUUUCCAGGUCCUUCUUCGCGGCCAUGUGUUUCCGGAUCCUGGCGGGCGCUUUGAACGGGAACGUCGGCGUUUUACGUACCAUGAUAUCCGAGGUCGUGGAUGAUUCAAGGUACCGCUCUCGCGCUUUUCUUCUCCUCCCGAUGUGUUUCAACGUCGGAGUCAUCAUAGGCCCCCUUCUCGGAGGCUGGCUUGCGGACCCGGUCGGGACGCACCCGCAAAUCUUCGGCCCCGGGUCCCUCAUUGGCGGCCCCGACGGCGUCCGGUGGAUGAUGGAGUACCCCUACGCCCUGCCGUAUCUCAUGUCGGCAACCUUCCUGUUCAUGUCCGCGAUGGGAGUCAUCCUCGGUCUCGACGAGACGCACCCCGCUCUCCGAGGCCACAAAGACUACGGUCGCGAAGUCGGCCGCCAGUUAUCGAGCUGUUUGAAGACGAACCGCGAGAAGGGCUACACCCUCGUCGACCAGGAACCAGAAGCAGACCUCCCGAGCGGCGGCGUGCAAUCGCGCGCUCAGCAAGCCGCGGCGGAAGACGGCAGCGAGGACUCCCGCUCCAUCUUCUCCAGCGAGGUCCUCCUCACCCUCACCCAGAACUUCCUGUGCACCCUGCACACCUCGGCCUUCAACGCGAUGCUCUUCAUCAUCCUGCCGCUCGCGCGGUCCAAUAACGCCCACAAGCACCUGCCCUUCCAGUUCACCGGCGGCCUGGGCCUGAGCUCCCAGCAGGUCGGCUUCGCCAACACCAUCAUCGGCGUCGUGGGCCUCCCGCUGCAGAUCCUCCUCUUCCCGCCCGUCAGCGGCCGGCUCGGCGCCACGUCGUCCUACCGCCUCUUCCUCCCCUUCAGCCUCCUGGCCUACGCCGCGAUCCCGUUCCUCGCCCUGCUGCCCGGCAAGAGCGAGGUCUUCUGGGUCUGUCUGGCGGCCGUGCUCAGCUCGCAGGUGCUGUCGAGGACGUUCGUCGGGCCGGCGACGAUCCUGCUGGUCAACGAGGCGGCGCCGCCGGCCGCGCUGGGGACGGUGCACGGGAUCGCGUCCAGCACGUCCGCGGGCGCCCGGAUGCUCGGUCCCGUGAUCGGAGGCCUGGUGCUGAGUUGGGGGCUGAAGAAUAAUGCCAUUGGCGUGCCGUUUUGGGGUCUCGGCGCCUUGACGAUCCUGAAUUGGUUGCUGGUUUGGGGUGUAAGAGUGAACCCGGGGCGAUGA